ACACUAAAAUACAACAAAUAGAAAACGAAAAUUGCAUUUAAUCCUCUUAUCAUAAAACUAUAUAUGAUGAAUCAAGUCGUGUUGACUGGUGCAUAGUCACGUUGGGGUUGACUCACUCCGCUUAAAAAUCAACUCUGAGAUAGUGAUGCUUGCUUGGUUAGGUCCGCCGUGCAAGAGACGAUAAAACCAGUCAUACAGAGUCACAACUCAACUGCAGAUUAUGCGAAUUUUACAUCAAACUUCUAUGUGCCGUGUUUCAGCAAUGUAAUGAAACUCCAUUUUUUCUUUCUUGUUUCCUUUUGAUGUUCCUCUGGCUGACACUGACUUGUGCUCAAAAAAUCUAUUAUAAAGAUACUAAAUGGUUAUAUAUUUGGUGUAAGAGAUUCAAGAAACCAAUCAUCCCCAAACACUGCUAAACUGUAAUAUUUCUCUUUGGUAUUCAAAUGAAGUGUUUUCAUCUCCUUUUUUUGUUGCUUGUUCUCUUACUAGAAGCAACAACCUUGAAGCCCAUCCUAGCACAUUCUUCACAAGUCAAUGAUGCCAACAGAAUCAGGUGCUUGGAGAAGGAGAGACGGGCUCUUCUCGACAUCAAAGGCGAGCUCGUCGACAUCCAUGGCCGGCUCUCUUCGUGGGGCAACGAAGAAAAUAAAAGGGACUGUUGCAAAUGGGAAGGAGUCCACUGCCAUAAUCGGAGCAAUCAUGUCACACAAUUGAAACUUGCUUUUUACCAAUUACAAGGUAAGAUUAGCACUUCGUUACUUGAGUUGGAACAUUUACGUUACCUAGACUUUAGUGAAAAUGACUUUGAAUAUGCCCCUAUUCCUGAGUUCAUCGGUUCCCUCACCAAAUUACGGUAUCUCAAACUUUCCAACUCUAAUUUUAGUGGACCAAUUCCACAUCAAAUAGGGAACAUGAUAUCACUUGAAUACCUGGAUAUCAGCAGAAAUGGUCUUGAAGGUGGGAUUCCUAAGCAUUUGGGAAAUCUAAACAGUUUAGUAAUCUUAUAUAUGAAUGGGAAUAAUUUGACUGGUGAUCUUCAUGAGCUAAUUUCAAGUUUGUCGGGGCCGACUGAGAAAAAGUUAGAGAUUCUUGAUUUGAGUAUGAAUACCAUUAGUGGAUUGUUUCCCAACAUGUCAAGGUUUUCUUCCUUGAUGACAUUAGAUCUUCAUGAAAACCAAUUGACUGGUCCUAUAGGAGAAGACAACCUUCGGCUUCCCAAUCUUACUUAUCUUGACCUGUCUUUCAAUCGAAUUACUGGUCCAGUGCCGGAUUUAUCGAUCUCUUCAUCGUUGCAAUAUUUGUAUCUGUCCAACAAUAUGUUUAAUGGAACAUUAACUCAAAGCAUUGGGCGCCUCUCUCAAUUACAAGAACUGGACUUAUCUAUAAACGAAUUUCUGCAAGUUCAGUUCAGCCAUCGCUGGGCUCCCGAUUUCCAGCUAGAAUAUUUGCACUUGAGUGGCUGUAAACUAGGGAACUAUUUCCCGAGAUGGCUCAAAACACAGACGGAAUUACUGUUUAUUGAUAUAUCCGGAACUGGAAUUUCAGACACCACACCAAGUUGGUUUGGCAGCAUAUCUCCUACACUCAUGUAUAUCAAUGCAACAAAUAACCAAAUUUAUGGUUCAUUUCCAAACUUCUCGUUCAGCUCAGGAGGUCCAUUACUACCUUAUUUGGGAAGCUAUAGAAGGGUGUUGGAUUUAUCAAGAAAUAAGAUUUCAGGUUCAGUAAAUUUUUUGUGCAAUAUCACUGAUUGGCAACUGCUCGACCUCUCAGACAACCUUUUUUCUGGUCAGAUUCCUGAUUGUUUCGCUAAGUUUGAAUGGUUAGUAUAUAUUAAUUUAGCAAACAAUCACUUAUCGGGGGAGAUACCUUAUUCAUUUGGCUCGCUAAGUGCUCUUUCGUUGUUGCAUUUACGUAACAAUAGUCUCUCAGGCGGACUUCCCACAUCCAUGAGCAAUUGCACGAGCUUGGAGAUGAUUGAUGUUGGAGACAAUAGACUCACUGGAAAAAUACCAGAUUGGGUAGGAAAUAGCUUUUCCGAGGUAAGAAUUCUGAUCCUUAGCUCCAAUGGGUUUCACGGUAGCGUGCCUUUGAGUCUAUGUCGUCUAGCAAACCUUCAAAUCUUAGACAUCUCUUCCAACAAGAUUUCCGGAGCUAUACCAGAUUGUCUUGAAGAUUUCACUGCCAUGAGAGAAAAACAAAAUCCGUAUCUGUUUUGGGGCCCUAAGGAGACAUUUCCAUUCACGCAUCGGUUAGAAAAUGCAUAUUUGAUGUGGAAAGGGAAGGAGGUGAGGUACGUAAACUAUGUCGGCCUUGUGAAGCUAAUUGAUUUUUCAAACAAUAAUUUAGUAGGUCGAAUCCCUUCCAACAUCACAAAAUUAGUUGGUUUGGUGGGGCUGAACGUGUCCAGAAACAAUUUAGUGGGACCCAUUCCUACAGAUGUUGGUGAAUUGGAGCUCUUGAAUUUUCUUGAUCUUUCAAGAAACCGUCUCUCAGGUAGUAUUCCAAACAGUGUAUGCGAUUUGAGCCACCUGGGGGUGCUGGACUUAUCUUACAACAAGUUAUCUGGAAGACUUCCACGAUGUAGUCAAGGGCUUACUUUCGAUGAAUCAGCUUUUGAGGGGAAUGUUGGUUUGUGCGGGCUGCCACUCAAUAAAUCUUGCCCCGGAGAUAAAUCCCAUGAAUCCCCAACUUCAAGAGUUGGCGGUAGUGAUGCUGGAGAGGAGUUCGAAUAUGAUAGGUUUAUAACGGGCGGAUUUUAUAUUGCUCUGGGAGUCGGUUUCGUUGUAGGGUUUUGGGGAAUAUUUGGAACAAUAUUGUUCAACAAGACAUUCAGAUAUGCAAUUUUCAAAUGGUGGGACACCAUUUACGAUCUAGUGUUGGUAAGAAUGGAGGUCAAUAAGGUUCGUUUGUGGAGUUGUUUCCAGAAGCGGAGAUUUCGACAGUCCUAAAAGAUGUUAAGAAAUCAGUGUCCUAUUUGGUCUCCUGUGCUGUCUUUCGAUUAUACUAAGACACUUUUUAUUGUACUAAUGAUAUGAAAUGCCUAAUUUACACUCUUCAAUACAAUGUGAGCACAUCAAGAACUACUUUUGGUAUGUUUCUGAAUGUAAUCUUGAUGUUGGUUUGGUGAUCAAUGCAACGAUUCUCACACCAAACUGAUUUGGAGAUCAACGUUGUGG